AUGGACUGCAUCGUCUGCUACUGCUCCUACGACCUGUCCGGCCGCCUUCCCCGGCGCCUCUACUGCGGACACACCUUUUGCCAGACCUGCAUCCGGCGACUCCACGUCGUGGCCAAUGAGCAGCGCUGGAUCCCUUGUCCGCAGUGCCGCCAGAGCACACCGGCUCCCCGCGGAGGGGUCACCAUGCUCGACCUGGAUCUCGCGGCCUUCCUGGCGGUCAAGUCGGAGAAGGACCACCCUCGGGCCGUGGCCAGGACGGAGGCGGAGACGGCCUCCAAGUCGCCCGCCAAGGACCAGCCCGUCACCCAACAACCCGCAGGCCUGUGCCACGAGGCAGUGGCGCGGCCCUACUUGCCGCAAAACAACUGCUGCGCCCGCUGCCUCUGCUGUGGGACCACGGCGGAUUUCCAGAGCUGA